CACAAAGAUCGGUACGUCUAGCAUCGCAAUUUGGUAACGUGGCUCCGAAACCUCCGAUCUACCUAUGAGGAGAUCAGGGAGGUUGUUGACAAGGAUGGGCAGUGUCGACUAGCGCAGGGGAGUGAUUCUGGAACGACGCCAGGAAGGAGGUGGAGGACGUACGCUGCUGGGGAUGAAGAUCACAUCGUAUCUUGAUGCGGCACUUGCUUCGGAUUACGAGAUGCGAGAGGAACUAGCUAUCGGCCACCUCAAGUAUCACUGACGGUGGACCAGCUGAUCUGCAUGGUCAUGACGGAUGAAUCCGAAGUUAGUUUUUUUCCAGAGUUUAUAUGGGGCCAUCGUGUCGGGGGUGUGAGGUGGCAACGGCCGAAGACAUAGCGAAAAUACUUCGCGAUAUAUACAACUUCUAACUUGGCAAUCAAUUGAUAAUUCCUGAGAAUGGAUAAAGCUAGCGAGGCUAGCAGUGAAACUGCAAGCUCACCAUCUGUUGGUCACGCAUCAGCAUACUACCAUUCCGCCUUCCAGAACCAGUCUAAUAUCGAGUACUCCUUGGUCGACGAUAACGCGUCUGUUAUUCCUCAUUACGAUGGUAUUGAGGUGGUUCCCGAUGAUAGUUCUACCAAUUUUGACCACGAAGCGCCUCCAGCGUAUCAUCAACUCACCAUUGCCGAUGGCGGGAUCUCUGCAGAGGUUAUGCAAAAUGGUAGGGUUAGCAUGCUCAUCAAUUCCUCCAUGAGAAUCCCGGAACAGGUAUCACCAUUUGAGUCGCAACACAACUUCUCGACUCUGCAUUCGCCUACAUACUCGCAAUCCGAGUAUCCGCUGUUACAUAUUGUUAUGCAUGUCGUUGGAAGUCGCGGAGAUGUUCAGCCUUUCAUCGCGUUAGGGAAGGAACUCCAACGUUCCGGUCAUAAGGUCCGCCUCGCAACACACAAUAUUUUCGAAUCAUUUGUCAGAGAAUCGGGAUUAGACUUCUUCCCCAUUGGUGGUGAUCCUGAACAGCUAAUGGCCUACAUGGUCAACAACCCCGGAAUAAUCCCAAAGUUUGCCAGCCUUCGCGACGGCGAAAUCGCCCGCAAACGGAAGAUGAUCCUAGAGAUGCUUGAGGGUUGUUGGAGGUCAUGUAUAGAACCGGACCCGAAAACGAACAGGCCAUUUGUCGCUGAAGCGAUUAUUGCUAACCCACCAAGUUUUGCGCAUUUGCAUUGCGCCCAGGCUUUAGGAAUUCCGGUACAUUUAAUGUUCACUAUGCCAUGGACUCCAACACGAGAAUUUCCACAUCCCCUAGCAAACAUUGUGAAGACUUCAAUGGCAGAUGUGGAAACUAGUAAUUUUCUAUCGUAUGGGCUAGUAGAGUUGAUGACUUGGCAGGGAUUAGUGGAUAUAAUUAACAUGUGGAGGAAGGACUCGUUGAGCUUAGAACCGAUCAGGGCAAUGAUGGGGGCGGGGCUCGCCGAUUAUUUGCAGUUGCCUUUCACGUAUUGCUGGUCACCAUCACUUGUUCGUACACCAGCGGACUGGCCGUCAAAUAUCGACGUUUGCGGGUUCUUCUUUCGCGACCCUCCUGAUUUCACUCCACCAGUUGAGCUCGAAGAAUUUCUGAAGUCCGGUCCCACCCCUAUAUACAUAGGGUUCGGCAGCAUCGUGAUGAAUAAUCCACAGAUGAUGACGGAAAUAAUCCUUUGUGCUGUGAACGAAGCUGGUGUUCGAGCGAUUGUGUCCAAAGGCUGGAGUAAGCUGGGCAACGGUUACUCAGAUCCCAACGUGCUCUUUAUCGACGACUGUCCGCAUGAAUGGUUAUUCCAACAAGUCUCCGCGGUGGUUCACCAUGGCGGGGCCGGAACUACAGCUUGUGGGCUGAGAAAUAGUCGGCCAACAGCCAUUGUUCCCUUCUUUGGAGAUCAAUUCUUCUGGGGUGAACAAGUUGCCGCAGCAGGGGCAGGCCCUCGUCCAAUUGAUUACAAAUCUCUCGACAGUGCGAAUCUAAUUGCCGCAAUUCACAAACUCCUCGAGCCUCAGACACUACUUGCCGCACAGAGGAUCGCACUUAGUAUGGAAAAAGAGUCAGGAGUUCAGGAAGCAGUCAAAUCUUUCCACCGACAUCUUCCAAUGAAGAAGAUGCAAUGCGAUAUACUUCCAAGGCAGCCAGCGGUUUGGCAAUAUCAAUUGGAUAAUAAACAGGAGCUUAAAUUAUCCGACGAAGCGGCUUUUAUUUUAAUGGAGCAGAAGCAGUUGAAGAUGAAGAACAUUAAACUAUACUCUUCUAAUAAAAUAGAAAUUGAAUACAAACGCUGGGAUCCCCUCAGUGCCGGCUCCUCCACCCUGAUAGACACUAUCAUGGACCUCACAUCGGACGGCAAAAACCUCUUCACAGCACCAUAUAAAGAGAUCAAAAAAGCGCAAGCACUGCGUAGAGAGGAUUCCGCCAACAGCCACACCGACAUGAACGAAGUAGCACUUAGAGGAGGAAGUACAGAUGCCAGAAAGGAAACAACACGCAGGCAUACUGGUGCGGCAGCAGCAGCUGGAGCUGCUGGAAAGGGCCUGGGAAAGAUGGGAGGAGGAUUUGCGAAGGGUAUGUUACUUGAUUUACCGGUCGCGAUGGCGGAUGGGUUCCAUGCCAUGCCGAUGCUUUAUGGCGAUAAGAAGAUAGAAAGGGGGGCUAUUACUGAUUGGAAGAGUGGGAUGGCUGUGGGUGGGAAGAGCCUGGCAGUGGGUUUCUUCGACGGAUUUACCGGAAUUGUAACUGCGCCCGCAAAGGGAGCGGUAAAAGAUGGCGCAGCGGGGUUUGCGAAAGGCUUCGUAACUGGAACUCUUGGAGUCCUUUUCAAGCCUGGGGCAGCAAUGCUCGGUUUCGUCGGCUACCCGCUCUUAGGCGUAUACAAAAGCAUUAGCUCCCUGCACGCCACGCCAACAGAAACCAAAAUCUUGCUCGCGAGGCAGAUUCUAGGAUCAGAAACCGGGAGACAAAUUUCGGAGCAAAGAGACGGGGAGAAGAUACAGAGUGUGCUUGAAGGGUUUAGAAGGGCUACGGGGCGUUAAGUCGGUCUCAUUCUCUUGAUUGGUGUUAGUUGUAGUUCGCAUACUUUAUUAUUCGUGAUGUUUAGAACUACCAGUAUGGCAUAGCUAGGUCAUGGACUUUAUUCUACCGGAGAGACGUUAUGGUUUUUAAAAGGGAUGGGCUUAAAUCGACGAGGUGUAAAUAAAGGCAAGAAAUCUAGAAGGCUAUAUAGUAAGGAGAGGUUGAAACCGGCACAUGGGCAUUAAGAAAAUAACCGUGAUAUGCGAGGGAUUGCCCGAUAUGUGGAGGUUUGCGGUUUUAUUUGGUAGACAGUAUAUCAUGUUGCUAUAUGGAUGAGGCAGUCACAGCCAGGCCACAAUAACGAUA